AAUAAACAGAUUGCGUUUGCUCUUCUUCUUCUUCCUCUUUCGAAUCUUCUAUUUUCGUGUCAAAAACAAAGAAAAUAUGAUGAUAUCUACCGCAAAAGCUCAAUGUUUGCCACUUAAAUUCUGCCUCAUUUCUCAAGAUUUUUGAUUUCACACACUUACUCAUUUCCGCAUUUUACGCCUUUUCUUCACCAUUGUUGCUUCUCGCAUUGAAACCAUAUUGGUUUUGCAGCGUUAAUGGCGCACUGCGUCUUCUUAAACCCGUUAACCUUUCCCUGCCAAAUUUAAUAUUUUCUCAACCAAAAAAAAAGAGAUAACAAAUGGGUCACAACAAGUUGCUAUAAAGGUCCCAACAGAAGAAGAAAAGAGAAGUUUGCCCGUGUCAAUUUGUCACAAGCUUCAUCACUAUUUAUAACUACCUUGCCAAGAAGAUAGCCUAAAAAGGUAUAACAGUUUCUUUGUCUAUAGCGAUCAUCAAAAAGAUGUCGAUCUCUCGUACCCGAAAUUUCUUCCAAAGAUUCUGUGUCGAGGAAUACAAUAUAGACACCAUAAAACAGAGUAGUUUCCUCUCUGCCGAUCUUCUACCAUCUCUUGGAGCCAGAAUUAACCAAUCUACUAAGCUCCGUAAACAUAUAAUCUCUCCUUUUAAUCCACGUUAUAGAGCAUGGGAGAUGUGGCUAGUCUUUCUAGUUAUUUACUCAGCUUGGAUUUGCCCAUUUCAAUUUGCUUUCAUCACCUAUAAAAAAGACGCGAUUUUCAUCAUCGACAACAUUGUUAAUGGCUUCUUUGCCAUAGAUAUUGUUCUCACCUUCUUUGUUGCGUAUCUCGAUAGCCACUCCUAUCUUCUAGUUGACAAUCCUAAAAAAAUAGCAAUAAGGUACCUUUCGACGUGGUUCGCUUUCGAUGUGUGUUCCACAGCACCAUUUCAGCCACUGAGCCUCUUGUUUAACUACAACGGAAGCGAACUAGAAUUCAGAAUUCUUAGCAUGCUCAGAUUAUGGCGUCUCCGUCGAGUUAGCUCGCUGUUUGCAAGGCUUGAGAAAGAUAUUCGUUUCAACUACUUCUGGAUACGGUGCACAAAACUCAUUUCGGUCACUUUGUUCGCUGUACAUUGUGCUGGAUGUUUCAACUACCUGAUAGCAGAUAGAUAUCCUAAUCCAAGAAAGACAUGGAUCGGUGCCGUGUAUCCAGAUUUCAAAGAAGCAAGUCUCUGGACUAGAUAUGUGACUGCUCUUUACUGGUCCAUUACGACAUUAACGACCACGGGAUAUGGAGAUUUGCAUGCUGAGAAUCCAAGAGAAAUGCUUUUCGACAUUUUCUUCAUGCUAUUCAACCUCGGUUUGACAGCUUACCUCAUUGGAAAUAUGACCAACCUCGUUGUUCACUGGACUAGCCGAACCAGAACCUUUAGGGAUACAGUGAGAGCAGCUUCAGAGUUUGCUUCAAGAAAUCAACUCCCACAUGACAUACAAGACCAAAUGUUAUCACACAUUUGCUUAAAGUUCAAAACAGAGGGCUUGAAACAACAAGAGACCUUGAACAAUCUGCCAAAAGCAAUCCGGUCAAGCAUUGCAAACUACUUAUUCUUCCCCAUUGUUCACAACAUUUACCUCUUUCAAGGAGUUUCUCGUAACUUCCUAUUUCAAUUGGUUUCCGACAUAGACGCCGAGUAUUUCCCACCUAAAGAAGAUAUAAUUCUACAAAACGAAGCUCCUACUGAUCUUUACAUUCUGGUUUCAGGAGCAGUGGACUUCACAUGCUACGUUGAUGGACAUGAUCAGAUUCAAGGGAAAGCAGUUAUUGGAGAUACGUUUGGAGAGGUUGGAGUUUUAUGCUAUAGACCACAACCAUUCACAGUAAGAACAACCGAGCUAUCUCAAAUACUACGGAUAAGCAGAACAUCGCUGAUGAGCGCAAUGCACACUCAUGCUGACGAUGGACGAAUUAUAAUGAACAAUCUAUUCAUGAAACUUAGAGGGCAACAGUCAAUAGCAAUAGAUGAUUCGAAUAGUGGUCAAGAAAACAGAGAUUUCAAAAGCAUGGGAUGGGAAGAGUGGAGAGAUUCAAGAAAAGAUGGCUACGGUUUAGAUGUGACGAAUCCGACCUCCGACAAUGCUCUAAUGGAUGCAAUGCACAAGGGAGAUACUGAAUUGGUUAAGAAGAUAGUUAAAGAACAAAAGUUAGAGAGAGCCAAAGAGGACAUAUCAAAUAGUGAAACCGCUGGAAGAAGUUACGCCAACGAUUCACCGAAAAAAGAUCCAUAUUGCAGCUCAAGCAACCAAAUCACCAAACCAUGUAAAAGAGAAGAUAAGAGAGUUACCAUCCACAUGAUGUCACAGUGCAAGAACGGGAAGUUGAUACUCUUACCAUCAUCCAUUAAAGAGCUUCUAAGACUUGCAAGUGAGAAGUUUGGAGGCUGCAGCUUCACAAAGAUAACCAAUGCGGACAACGCCGAGAUUGAUGAUUUAGAUGUGAUUUGGGAUGGUGAUCAUUUGUAUUUUUCAUCAAAUUGAGUUUGAAAACUCGACUUCAUUUAUAGAGCAUGAAUAUCUAUCUGCAAGUGAUGUAUUCUUUACUCGGCUUCAUAGAAAAGUUAACAUUAAAUUUACACA